GUCGCACGGCAGCUGGACCACAGGAGCUUAAGCGGCAUUCGCGAUGCCUUUUUCAUGUUGGACAAGAACUGUGAUGGGAUCUUGACCUUGAACGAAAUCAAAGAAGGCUAUGCUCAAGCGUUUCAUCCGGAUGAUCCAGAAGCGGUCACAGAGGCUGAGGUGCAAGAGAUCUUCUCUUACUUGGAUCUUGACGGGUCUGGAAGGAUCACCUACACUGAGUUUUGUGCAGCAGGCUUGGGCGAAGAUGGUUUUGCCGAUGAGCAUAUCCUGUGGUCAGCCUUUAAAACUUUCGACAUCCACGACGACGGGAAGAUCUCCAAGGAGGAACUACGGCAAGUCCUGCAGCGUGCCGAUAUCACCCAGGUGUGGACAUCAGGGGUGUGCGAAGAGGUGGCUGAAGAGGUCGUCCAGAUUUUCGGCAGCUCCGAGGAAAGCAUCAACUUCGACGAGUGGUUGUCUCUCAUGCGGGAGUGCUCUGCAAGGCACAACGAGGUGUCUCCUCGACGCUUCUCACAAAGCCUGCAGUCCUUGUUGGGAGAGAAUCAAUCUGGAUUUGUGCUGGAUGUUGGAAAUGGCUGCGCACCAUCGACCCAGGAGCCCAAGGUUGAAGCUCACCCAGAGAAAGCCGGCGAAGGGGAGCCGUUGAUCAACGGAGGCCCGGCUGAUUUCCCAGCCUUCCACCCAGCUCCAAUUGCAAUCCGAGGUAUUCCUGACCCGGUGGUGGUGGGAGGCCAUGAUGAUCUCGUUUGUUGCGGCAGCGGGCUGCAAAGGAUAUAUCGCAGCCUGAGCAGCCGGCGAUUCUCGACGCGCUAGUAGAACGGCCAGCUGUCAAUGGACAAGUGCCACACUGAGCGUAGGUGUUUGGGAUGGAGGAGCCUAAAGGUUAGACGGGUUACUGCGAAAC